AUGUUGGUGUGUCCCCCACCACGGUACAGUGUGGAUAAGAAGGUGUGGCCCGCCCGCCCCGGGGACCUCGGCGGGCCCAGUGGCCCGCCCCCGCCCCCGAUGACCUCGGCGGGACCACUAGCCCGCCCGGCCCGGGGACCUGGGCGGGCUCACUGGGCCCGCCUCCCCGGGGACCUGGGCGGGUCCCACGGCCCGCCCGCCCCGGGGACCUGGGCGGGCCCACUGCCCCGCCCGCCCCACGGGGACCUGGCCCGCCCGCCCCAGGGGACCAGGGCGGGCAGACUGGCCCCCGCUGCCCCGGGGACCUCGGCGGGCACACUGGCCCGCCCAGCCCGGGCCUCGGCGGGCACACUGGCCCGCCCGCCCCGGGGACCCCGGCGGGCCCACUGGCCCCGCCCGCCCCGGGGACUCUCGGCGGGCCCACUGGCCCGCCCGCCCGGGGACCUAGGCGGGCACACUGGCCCGCCCGCGCCCCGGGGACCUCGGCUGGCCCAGUGGCCCGCCCGCCCCGGGGACCUCGGCGGGCACAGCCCAUUGGCCCGCCCGCCCCCGGGGACCUCGGCGGGCCCAGUGGCCCGCCGCCCCGGGGACCUUGGCGGCGGGCCCAGUGGCCCGCCCGACCCCGGGGACCUCGGCGGGCCCAGUGGCCCGCCCGCCCCCCCCCGGGGACCUCGGCGGGCACACUGGCCCAGCCCACCCCGGGGGCCUCGGCGGGCACACUGGCCCGCCCGCCCCGGGGGCCUCGGCGGGCCCACUGGCGCCCGCCCCGGGGACCUCGCCUCCUGGCCCGCCCGCCCCGGGGACUCGGCGAGCCUCCUGGCCCGCCCGCCCGAGGGAUCUCGGCGGGCCUCCUGGCUCGCCCGCCCCUCGCGGCGGGCGCACUGGCCCGCCCGCCCCGGGGGCCUCGGCAGGCCCAUUGGCCCGCCCGCCCACCCGGGGACCUCGCGGGCCAGUGGCCCGCCCGCCCGGGGACCUCGGCGGGCCCAGUGGCCCGCCCGCCCCGGGGACCUCGGCGGGCCCAGUGGCCCGCCCGCCCGGGGACCUCGGCGGGCACACUGGCCCGCCCACCCGGGGGCCUCGGCGGGCACACUGGCCCGCCCGCCCCGGGGGCCUCGGCGGGCCCACUGGCCCGCAGCCCGCCCCGGGGACCUCGGUUCUUCCGCUUGCAAAUCAAUUUCUCCUUCGCUCAUCUCGUCUGCCGGGCCUCAUCUCCCCGCUGCUCCUUCAGUUCGGCCUGGACACCAGUCUUCCUCUCCACCGGAUUGA